AUGGCCGGUGAACCUCAGCCGGCUCAAAAGCGCCCACGUCUCCCCUUCAAACCUCCCAGUCGCACGACUAGCGCAGGACCAUCAAGCUCCGCGUCAAAGGGCAAAGGAAAAGCGAAACAGACUAGCACAAAAGCCUCUGCACCCACAGUUGUGCCAAAAACAACAAAACGCAACCCCACAGCUCAAAGCAAAUUCAUAAUCAUAGGGAAACGUUCCCGACCCGAGUCUCCGGCACCCGAUGCCAAUCCCGGCUCCGAAUCUGAAUCCGACUCCAAUGAAUCGAGUCGCAGCCGUUCGCGAUCGAUCUCUCAGGAGCCAGACUACAUUCUUGCUGAAAUUACAACUACACAUCAACCAGAGGACGUGACAUCCAGCGAACCCAAAAUACCCUCUAAACUGCUUACGCGCUUGCUGCAUCAGCAUUUCCAGAAUGAGAAGACCAAGGUUGCAAAAGAUGCUAAUAAUGUUGUCGCGAAGUAUGUGGAUGUUUUUGUGAGGGAAGCCAUAGCCAGAGCUGCUUAUGAGAGGGCCGAGUCAGAUGGAAAUACCGGAGGCAGAGGUCUUGGGGACGGGUUCCUCGAGGUCGAAGAUCUUGAGAAAAUGGCGCCGCAGCUCACGAUGGAUUUCUAG